AUGAGGUUGCACCAGUGCCUCCUCCUGCUGUUCGCCCUGCUCUCUCCAUUAGUGCAGGGCGCCAUCCUCGCCAUCGACUAUGGAGCAGAGUUUACAAAACUCUCCCUCGUCAAGCCCGGCACUCCCUUUGACGUUCUCCUCGACCGCGACGCCAAGCGCAAGAUCUCCUCCGUCGUAGGGUGGAAGAAGAACGACCGUGUCUUCGGCGCCGAGGGCAAGAUGUCCCCGCUGAUUGCCGCGACUGAAGUUCCCGACCUUCCGAUAUACCCCAACCCGCCUCUUCUGACGGACGACGGCUCCCUCAUCUUCGAGCACGCUAACGUCCCGGAUCACAUCAAGCCUGCCCCCUCCGCCGAUGCCGCAUGGACGCCGGUCGACCUCCUUGCCCAUCAGAUCGCUUACUUCAAGGGUCUCGCCGACGAGGCCGCCGCACCCGACACCGUCUCGCAGGUUGUUGUCACCGUCCCGAACUGGUUCGACCAACAGCAGCGACGUGCCUACCGCGAUGCGCUCGAGCUGCAGGGCCUCCAAUGUCUCGCGAUGAUCGGUGAGGGCACCGCCGUCGGACUCAAUUACGCCAUGACGCGGACGUUCCCGACCUUUGACCCGGUCACGGGCGAGGGCGAGAAGGAGUAUUACGUUGUCUACGACUCGGGAGCGAUCUACACAUCGGCGACCGUCCUGGCGAUGUACCAGACGAGCGAGCGCGUGACCCCCAAGUCGAAGCAUUUCAUCAACACAACGCACGUCGAAGCCCUGGCGGUCGGGUACGAGCAUGUCGGCGCCGUCAACCUCGACAUUGCGACUCGGGAUCUCAUUCAAGACGCUUUCGUGAAGAAGACCUCGCGUCCGGAUGUCAAGGACGACGCGCGUGCGAUGGCCCGACUGUCAAAGGAGGCUGUUCGCGUCAAGCAGAUCCUGAGCGCGAACCAGGAGGCGCAGGCCAGUGUCGAGUCGCUGUUCGACGACCUCGAUUUCCGCGGCAUGAUUUCGCGCGAGCAACUCGAGGACAAGAUGGCCAAGAAGCUGCCCGAGUUCACUGCUCCGAUCAAGAAUGCGCUCAAGGACGCCGGUCUCACUAUCGACGACAUCACCUCGGUUCUCUUCUUCGGCGGCAACGCCCGUGUCCCCAUGGUUCAGACCGCUGUUCGUGACUACCUCGGCGGAAAGGACGACAAGGUCGCCCAGUCUGUUAACGGUGACGAGGCGGCUGUCCUCGGUGCGGCGUUCUACGGCGCCAGCAUCUCGAGGCAGUUCAAGAUGAAGUCGAUCGAGAUCGACGAGCACUCGAGCUACGACUACUCGCUCGCCGGCGACGUCGUUUUCCCCAAGGGCACUGUUCAGGGUGAACGCAAGACGCUGCUUCUCAAGCCCGAGGACAAGCUUGACCUCGUCUUCGAGCAGAGCGGCACUCCGAUCCUCGAGGUCAACAUUCCCGACAUCUCGGCCGCCCUUGCCAACUUUACCGCCCCGGAGCCCGUCGUCAACCUCACCCUGCGACUCGACAAGCGCGGCUUCUUCUCCGUCGCCCAGGCGGCGCUGACGAGCAACCAGACCGACGUCCCCGAGAAGGCUAAGGGCGUUCUCGGCGGGCUGUUUGGUAAGAAGGACAAGACCGAGACUUCCGCCGACGCCGACGCCGAAACCGAGGGCGCCGAGAACAAGACUGAGGCUGAGAAGGCUGCCGAGAAGCCAAAGAAGGCGCCCCGCGUGAUUCUCAAGUACACCUCUAAGCCUCUUUUCAAGACCAUGUCCAAGGACGAGAAGCGGAUCACAAAGGAGCGUCUGGCAUCCAUUGGCGUCUACGAGGCUGCCCUGCGCGCGCGCGAGGAGGCCCGCAACCGCCUCGAAGCGUACCUGUACCGCGUGCAGAACUACCUUUCCGAUGAGCCCGACAGCAAGGCGCUCUUCGACUUUGGCACGGACGAGGAGCGCGAGCGUCUGUCCUCUGGGGUCGCGUCGGCCUUCGAGUGGCUGCACGAGUACGCCGAGAGUGCGCCUGCCGGCGACCUCGUGUCGCGCCUGACCGAGCUCGAGGCGCUCGAGGCCCCCAUUGCGCUCCGGUACACGGAGUGGAUGGCGCGCCCGACGGCCGUCGACAAGUUCCAGCAAGCGAUGCACGCUGGGCGCGCGUUCCUCCUGUCGGCGACUGAGAACCGGACCGAGGCGCUCAAGGCGGCCGAGAGCGCGACGGACGAGAACCCCGUCGCGCCGCCCAAGUACACGGAGGAGGAGCUGCUCAAGGUCGCCAACAUGCUCAAGGAGUAUGAGCAGUGGAUCGACCCGCUCAUGACGGAACAGGUCAAGCUGAACGGGGACAUGAAGGCGGACCCGGUCAUCUUCAGCAAGGAUCUCGACGAUAAGGGCAAGACGCUCCAGAUCUACGUCCAGGCGCUCGAGAAGAGGAAGGAUCCCCGUGUCCCGCGGCCGAAGAAGAAGGCCCCGCCCAAGGAGGACACCAAGCUCAAGGCCGAGGAGAGGGAGGAGCAGCCCGAGGUCGUCGUCGAGGAGACGGAACAGAAGGUCUUUGAAGAGCCCGUCCGGGAAGAGCAGGAGAUCAAGCAUGACGAGCUCUGA